AUGGCCGAGGAAGUUGUUUCGAAGAGCACGCUUGCGGAGAAGCAGCCUGACAAUGGCGUCGUUGGCAAAGUCGAUGACAAUGUUGUCAAAUAUGCUCAGCUUGAUGAGGAGGGCCAGACUGUGAUUCAGACUGCCAAUGGCGACACACAUGCCAUCAUAGACAAGAAAGCCGAGCGAGCUCUUGCGUUCAAGUUCGACAUCCGCAUCCUCCCUGUUUUGGCUGUCAUGUAUCUCUUCAAUAGUCUCGACAAGUCGAACCUUGGAAACGCAAAAACUGCCGGAUUGGAACGUGAUCUUCACCUCGGCGGUGACCAAUACAACCUCAUCCUUUCCAUCUUCUUUAUUCCUUACGUGCUUACUGCUCCUUUCCUGAGCAUUUUUGGAAAGAAGUUCGGGCCGGACCGCGUGCUCCCUGCUAUGAUGUUCUGCUUCGGGUCUCUCACCCUCUUAGUCGCAGCUGCCAAAAAUUUUGGUGGGAUCAUGACGCUGCGCUGGUUCUUGGGUAUGGCUGAGAGUGCUUUCUUUCCUCUAGUCAUCUACUAUCUCACAACUUUCUACCGCCGUGGAGAACUCGCCAGACGACUGGCAAUCUUCUACGCCGCCCAGAGUGUCGCAUCAGCCUUCGGUGGCUUGCUGGCUUUUGGCUGCUUCCAGAUCAAAGGCGGCAAAUUGGAGGACUGGAGAUACUUGUUCGUGGUUGAAGGCAGCUGCACAAUCAUCUUCGCUAUUUUCGCAUUCAUCUAUCUACCUCGAUCUGCAGCCGAGGCAAAGUUCUUGAACAAGAGCGAGAAAGAAUUGGCCUAUUUACGCAUGCAGGUGGACAGCUCUUCCAUCGUCAAUGAAGCAUACGUCUUCAAGGAUUCUAUCAAAAUCUUCAAGGAGUGGACCACUUGGAUGAUCCUCGCAAUUGAGAUUUGCGUGGGUGUGCCCUUGCAAUCGGUCCAGCUUUUCCUGCCGCAGAUUAUCCAUCGACUUGUCAACGAAACUGUCAAGACCAACCUCUACACCGUCGCGCCCAAUGUAUCCGGCGCCGUCAUGCUUUUGGUGCUCGCCUUUUCCAGCGAUCUCACCCGGUGGCGUUUUCCGUUCAUCGCCUUGGGCUUCCUUUUCACGUUCAUUGGCUUCAUCAUUUUUGCUUCUAUUGAUGUGGAGCACUCAACCCACGUCGCCUACUUUGCCUCUUUUAUGAUGUGCUGGGGUACUUCGGCGCCCUCUGUGUUGCUUGACGUUUGGUAUAGCAACAACAUCGCUCACGAGGGCAAGCGGGUCACACUGACCGGUAUCGGUGUUCCGCUUUGCAACCUGAUGGGGGUUGUGAGCUCGAACAUCUUCCAGAACAAAGACGCCCCGAAGUAUUUCCCUGCGUUAAUUACCACCGCCUGCUUUGGUGGUGUCGGCUUUGUCUUGACUAUAAUUUUUGGUCUCUAUAUGAUGGUCGAUAACAAGCGCAGGGAUCUCAAGCAAGGCGUCAAGCUCGAGGUUCGGGACAUACCAACCGAACGUCUUCGAGAUGGACCGAAGGCCGCCGAGUUCCGGUGGUUCUAUUAA